GUGAGGUUAUGUUGGUUUAUUCAAUUUUAAAUACAUGUUUCCAUCAAAAGAAUUACUGAAUUUAAAACAAUGGCAUGCGAAAAUGAAUAUGAAGAGAAUUUGGAAAACCUUCGAAAACUUUUCAGUGUCAGAAAUAUUGUACCGUUUAAUAUAAAGCACGUGAAAUGUUCAGCCGGUAGCAGUUCCGGUGAUAAUUACAUGUCGGUUGUAAAACGUUUGCAAAUACAAGGACAUUCGAGUAGCAACGACCAGAAUGAAGAAUACAGAAUGUUCCUUAUUAUAAAACGACAAAUACCAAGUUUAUCUAGACGACAACUUUAUCGUUGUGAUGAAGCGUUCUGUAAUGAAAUUAACGCUUACAAUCAUAUUGUCCCACUAUUGGAGCAAUAUAUGACAGAGACAAUUUUUCCGAAAUGUUAUUAUGCUGGCCACGACGACAUGGGUGAAAUAAUUGUCUUGGAGGAUCUUAAGGAAAUCGAUUUUCGCAUGCAAAAUCGUUUGGCUGGCUUGGAACUCAACUAUUGUGAACUGGUAAUGAAGCAACUGGCCAAGCUCCAUGCAGCCUCUAUAGCAGCAAAGCAAUUGGACAAUGAAAUGUUUCGAGAUAAAUGUAAACAGAUAAACGAAAUUGUCUAUUGUGAGGAGGCUGAAGAGUUUUACAAAAAUAUACUGGAUACAUCAAUACAGGAAUCUCUUAACAGUUUGCGUGCAUCAAAUGUUGAUGGCUGCCUCACGGAGCCAAUACGUUUGAUAGAAAAACUUCAACACAAAUUAUUUGGCCAAAUACAAAGUUGCAUAACAAAUUCGGGAGAUCAUAUGAAUGUAAUGUGUCACGGUGACCUUUGGGUUAAUAAUAUUAUGUUCACCUCGUCAAUUGCAAGUACUUCACCAGCAACUAAAGCCGAAAAUAAUACAGACUGUGCAUUACAACAAUGGAAUCAUCUCAACAAUCGGCCCUGUAAUGUAAAAUUCUUUGAUUUACAAGCGAUGCGCUAUACUUCACCCGUAUUUGAUAUACUCCAUUUCAUUUACACAAGUACAAAACGAGAUCUUCGAGAUUUAUAUACAAAACACUUGCUGGAAACUUAUUGUCUCGCAUUAUCGUCUAAUCUGGAAAAGCAAUUCGUGCAUUCGCUUGGCGAACUGGAUGCAAUACGUUCAACAUUUUCUCUGAGCAAUAUUACCGAUGAGUAUUAUAAACACGUUCUCUACGGUUUAGCAAUUUGUAUGUGGAUUCUGCCUGCGGUCACCUUUGAUCCCGAUAAUAUUCCAAAUUUGGAUAUGAUAAGCGAAAUGAAUAAGAGCGCAAAGGAAAUUAAAUGUACACAGAAAUUAACACCCGAAUAUCAUUCUCGCCUAAAAGACUUGGCAUUGGAAUUUUAUCAAAAUGGAUAUUUAAACUGUCUCCUUAAUAAUGAAUGAUUUGUAUUAUAUUCUAAAGAGAGUCAACUCAAAAUUUUUAAAUGUUCACUUUUUGCAAGAACUCGAUGUACAGUAUAGACAUAUAUAGAUGUUAGGGUAUUAAAUUAAUCGGGUUUCUUGUUUAAUCGGUUAAUCGAGCAAAUAAUUAAUCGAGAUUUAGAUUUAUUCGGUUAAUAAUCGGUUAAUUUAAAAUUAUUCGAUUAAAAAAUUAUUCGAAGUAAAAAUUUAGGUUAAAUACAGAUUAGAAAUAUAUUAACAUCUACUAUUUAUAUUUCUGAAAUCGCAUGAUUUGUUGAAAAUUUAUUUAAGAAAUAGUAAAAUGUCAUAAAACAUUCAAAGACGUUUUUCUCGAAACGACUUUUUUUAAUUAUGACGUUGCAGCAAAUGAGUGAUGUAUGAGUUGUUUAGGGUUUUAGUGAGAUCUUCUGAAAUAAUCAUUUAUAAAAAUAAUAUAAUUUAAACGAUUUUUUUCUUUAGAUUUAUUAAAACUUUUCUUGGAAAAAAUCUCUCGCUGAUUGUAUAUGUUGGAGAAAUAAAAAGCACGAUAAAGAAUAUUCCUUUUUGGAUUGUUUUAGAUUUUGAUCGAUAUAAUAGUUUCGUUAUGAUCAAAUACUGAUACUGUCAGUUGUUAUACAUACUCACUAAUCAUGUUUAUUGGAUGUUCAAAUUGUAUUUGAAUUGAAAGGGAAAAAUAAAUACAAAACAAAUUUUUAAAGUUCAAAAAAAAGGAAUUUCGGUUAAUCGGUUAAUCGACACAAAUUAAUCGGUUUAUUUGUUAUUUUAAAAUCGGCAAUUUUAAAUUAUUCGACCAGUGAACCGUCCAAAAUUAAUCGUUUAACCGAUUGACGACGUCUUCAACUUCCAUUGUAAGUUAAAAAAAAAAAACAGAUUUUUGCUUCUACUGAAUAUUUUUAAAUUUUGAGUAGACUCUCUUUAGAUCUUUGGAUAAUCGAUUGAUCUAUUUUCCAACGAAUAACGAGUAUAAUAACAGAAACUUUACAAUAAUUGGUUUAUUAAAAAUCAGGUACAGAAUAUAAUAAUUAUUCUUAAAAUUUAAAACAAUAUAAUCAAAUACAAGGAACACAAGGAAAAAUGAAUUGAUGAAUUACAUCGAUGUAAUUUUCCGUAGAUGUACUAUCGGAUCACCGUCUGCGUUUUAUGUGCUGUUUUUAUAAUAAAAGCGAGUACUUUGAGUGGAAA